UCAUACAUAGGGCCGGAUGUGCAACAUUGUCACCCGGGCUGAAAAUCUGUUUAUGUUUUGUGGAGAAGUUUUUAACUCGUUUUACUGCUCCAUACACAGCCUUAUCACAUCAAAUUGAAUGCCACAAGGCGGUCUGGUUCUUAUUUAACGAUUCACAAAGACACAAAACUGGCCCCUCCACUGCCUGUCACCAUGCCCGCCCUGCUGGAGAGACCCAAGCUGUCCAACGCGAUGGCCAGAGCCCUUCACAAACACAUCAUGAGAGAGAGAGAGCGGAAAAGACAAGAGGAAGAGGAGGUGGACAAAAUGAUGGAGCAGAAAAUGAAGGAGGAGGAAGAGAGAAAGAGGACAAAAGAAAUAGAGGAGAGGAUGUCCUUGGAGGAAACCAAAGAACAGGUGAUGAAGAUGGGCGAAAAACUUCAGGGACUCCAGGAAGAGAAGCAUCAGCUCUUUUUACAGCUCAAGAAAGUUCUUCAUGAGGAGGAAAAGAGACGCAGAAAGGAGCAGAGUGACAUCACAACGUUGACGUCAGCCAGCUACCAACCCAGUCUGCCCAUGCAUGCAGGACAGCACCUCCUAAGUAUUCAAGGCAGUUCAGUUAGCCACAGUCGACCUGGUGCACUGCUUGGAGAACGGAGCAAACAGCUGUUCCCAGCUGCUGUGAUUCCCGCGCGUCAUUAUCAGACUCCUGGGUUCAGCUCAGGCUCAGCAGAGCAUGGGCAGUUCAGCGGCGGCCAGGGGGUCCACGAGCCCUACGGGGUGGCUCAGCCCCAACAUCCCUCCACCUACGCCCCUGGACCCUCAGUACCAGUCAGUUUUGCUAGCAGCUCUCAGAUCAGAGGUGCAUCUGCAUUUCAGGCCAUGCAGUAUCUGCCUCACCAGCAGGCAGGCUACCCCGUUCACAGUCACUUCACCUCCCAGCCAGGAUACAUACCUGGAGCAGGAAUACCCCUGCAGAAGCAGCUGGAACAUGCCAACCAACAGUCUGGUUUUACUGACGCAGGUGCUUUGAGGCCUAUGCACCCUCCAGCCAUGCAUCCUUCUGCUCCAGGCCUGCUGCCCACACCAUCAAUGGCGGUCCAGAUCCCUACUGCAAAGGCUCCGUUCCAGAGCUCUCCUCAGAGUGCCCCUCGCCAUAGCUUCCUGUCCCACAGCCAGAGUGGGCAAAGGUUCUACCACCACGGCAAGUAACUUAUUACAACCUUCCACAUCACUGUCACUGAGGCUUCACAGCUUCACUCAAGAUCUCGGAUGUUUCAUGGAUCGACUUUUUUUAAAAACAUGGUAAUUAGGCUGGAUCGUGCCAUAUAAUUUGUGCUGUAUUUUUCUGUAUAGUAUCUUUUUUUUUUAGCUUUGUUUUCACUUUCACUUAAAAGAGUUUUCAAACUUCGAUCCUUCUGUGAACAACCGACUUUGAGUUUCAAAUGACUUCUGUUUGUAAAAUAGCUAUCUCGCCUACACCUUGAAGCUUUAUUGGAGAAGCUUUCUGUGCGCAAAAUUGUUAAUUUGUAUAAAGGAAAGCUGGUCCGAAGCCUGUCUUUGUAUUCACAGUCACAAUACCAGGAAAGGGUUGAGCAUCUUUGCAUUGACUUUACUCAGUAAAAAGCAGCAAGGCCAGACUAGAAUUAAACUUUCAGAAACAUUUAGUUGUUGAUUGUAGAGUACGUGGCUACAUCAAAAAUUCUAGCAAUAUGCACAUUGAUGAAUAAUACCACAGCUUAAACACUGUAUUUCAUUGUGUUGCUGACUUCUGGUUAAUUACUUUAAACUUGAUAGAUUAGCACAAAUUAAAUCAAGAUCACCAUUUUCUAGGAAAUCCACAGAGGAUUUCCAGUGUUUUUUGUUGUUCUCUGCAGUAUAAAUCAAGUUUAUGUCUUUUCUGAUUUUAAGCUUUUGCUUAAAUGUUAAUAAAUAAACCGUAAGCCACAUUCAA